AGUGGCAAAAUGGAGAGACUUGGCAACGUUUUCUCCUAUCUUUCUUCCCUGCCAUUAUAACGUGGACCUCACUAUGUGAAAGAGCGUUACAUUCAAUGUACCGACUAAAUGGAACGGGGAAGAACCGUUACUUGCACCGUGCUGUCCAAAGACCUUAAAGAUGCAUCUCUUUAAGGUCUUUGGUGCUGUCUGAGACAGAGAGCGGCUUUUACUAUUACUAAGGUCGGCCAUCUUUUCUGAAAACAGCGGGAAUCCAGCUCCAGCCACUUUGGAUAUUGAAUUGUGACAAACUAUUAAUUUAGGGACAUUUUUAUUUCUUGAAAACCUUCUCAUUAAUAUUUUUGCAAUUGUCUUUUCUAUUUCAAUAGAAAUUGCAAACAUGUAAAGACAUAUGUAAAGACAUGUCUUUAUCAUCAUAGAUUACUUUUUUCAUGUGUCUGUUCUGUUGGAAGUUGUAAGUUGUUGAUAAACAUGUUGAAUAAGAUCGUAGUUAAAAAUUUUAUGUGCCACGAUCAUUUUGAAAUCGUCCUGAAUCCAAGAGUCAAUUUUAUAACAGGACAGAAUGGUAGUGGCAAAAGCGCCAUCGUUGCCGCCCUAAUGUUGGGGUUUGGCCAGAGGGCGACUGUAACCAAUCGUGGCCAAUCUGUAAAAGAUUUCAUAAAAAAAGGCAGGCAGUCUGCAGUCACGGAGAUCACGCUCUCCAACAAUCCUGACAAUGGCUUCGAAUAUGAAGAAUAUGGUCCAGAAAUUACAGUUGUUAGAAGAAUAACAGAUUCCGGUUCAAACUACUCCCUGAGAGACAGCAAAGGAAAGAAUCAUCCUUGUAAUGCCAAGCUGUUGAACUCGUUGAUGUUGCAUUUCAACAUUCAACCUAAUAACCCACUGUGUAUCCUCAGCCAAGACGUGGCAAGAACGUUCCUCCAGAAAUUCGAUCCGAAAUCGUUGUAUGAUUUAUAUAGUAAUGCAACCCUCUCAAAAACAAUCAACGAAUCUUUCGCUGAGAGCAAGGAAAUUCAUCGGAAAGCACAAUUACAUUUAGCUAGGAAAAGAGAGCAAAUUGAGGAGCUGAAAGGAGAAGUUGAGGAAGCAGAAAAAAAACAAAAAAUUGCGGAGAGAUACGUGUUUCUGAAGGAUACAAGGAUAAAAGAAGUUGAGAAUGAGAUCAUUUGGGCGAAAAUAUCAUCUUUGGAAGAAACUAUUGCAACGAAACAUCAAAUGCAAGCUGAUCUUGAUGCGGAGAGAGAUGAAAUGUUGGAGAAGAUCAAAAAUAGCAGCGAAGAAGCAUUGACUCUAAAAUUGAGGGAAAUCCGGGUUGAUCUGGAUCAGACUUCAGGCAAGUUGGACAAUGUCAAAGCUCGGAAAGCAAAAGAGAAGGAUGCUCUUGCGCACAAUGAAGAAGCUAGAUCAAAUCGCAAGCAAGAGUUGAAAGAGCUCGAACAACUGAUUCAAAGAAAAGACCAAGACAUAAAGGAGUUGGAAGAGGCAUCUAACAAAGUUCUAAAUGUGAAUGUACCCGAGAUCCAAAAGCAGAAGCAGCAACUUCAGUCUAUAUUGGCCAAAAUACACGAAUUGGAAGCUGCUAGGAAAACAACUGAAGUGCAUCUGAGUCAGUUGAGAGAUACCUACGAAAACAGCACGCCAGAAAUGGAAAGAAUAGAUUCUGAAAUCAGAAGAGCGCAAAAUAAAAUAAGUGAAAGUGAAGUUGAAAGGGAUCUUUUAAAACAAGGAAAGAGCUUGGCAUUGUAUGGCCAAUUUAUGCCAACUUUUGUCGAAGAAAUCAACAGAGCAGCUGCAAUGGGUCGUUUCUCGAAGAAGCCCAAAGGCCCUUUCGGUACCUAUUUACAAGUUUUGGAUCCCAUCUGGGCUCCUGCUAUUGAGAACCUGUUAAAGUCGAAUCUUUCUCAAUUUUGCUUGAACGAUAAGGCCGAUUUGAAAGUGUUCAACGAAAUUAUCGAGAGGGUUUGUCCGAGGAAAGGCCCUGAUGUGUCAAUCAGUCCAUUCGUGCGUAAUGCCUACAAUUACUCACAGUAUGAAGUCAAACAUCGCAAGUAUCAUUCUCUAAUCAGUCAAAUCCAGUGUUCUGAUCCGGAUAUUCUCAAUUGCCUGAUUGAUGAAGCGAAGAUCGAGCGAAUUCUUCUAGUCAACGACGUAGCCAGUGCUCUAAAGCUCUGCGAAGACGAAUUCAAUGUCCCUGACAAUCUCAGAUAUUGUUUAAGUCCAGCUGGAGAUACCGUUUAUCCUACACCGAAUUACAAAUAUUAUUCUGGGAGGAUGAAAACAAAAGUGCCCAAAAUCUUACAAGUUAACCAGUCACAACACCUUAGGCAGUUGGAGGAAACCAUCAUUGCUAAAAAGCAGGAAGUGCUCACUUUGAAAGAGGAGAAAAAUAGGAACUUACAUGCGACAAAGUCAGUGAGAGCUGAUAUUGCGGAAACGCAAUCUUCAUUGGAUGAAUUGAGAAAAAAGGUUAAGCACUACAAUGAAAAAAAACUUGAACUCGAAAUGAAGAUCGAUUCUGAGCCAGCCAGUGUUGAUCUGUAUAACAAAGAGAUUGAAAUGUCGGCGACUGAGAAGGAUAAAGCCUCCAAGAAAAGAGAAGAAGUUCUCGAGAAGAUUGCUGAAGCUGAGUUAAACAUUCAAAAACUUAGGGAAAAGUUGAGUACUCUGGGAGAACAGGAGAGUCUGCUCUCGGAACAAAAAAAUAGUGUACUGCAACUGAUGGAUGCAACUGAGAAGGAUCUCCGCGAUAAGAAAAGAUUGGGGGACAGACUACGAGCAAAUUACCACAAUCUAAUCGAGAAAGAAAAAACCAUGAAAGAAAAUCUUGAAGAACUGGAAAAUAGCUUGCAGGAAAUGUCUGUGAAAGCCAAAGAGUCAGCUACUCCGAUGGAAAAUGUGAGGAAACUGUCAGAAGUAGUGGUAGAGCUGAAAGCUAUAAACGGUGAGCUUUUGGGGCUGAAAGAGUUCUAUCAGGAAAAUAGAAUCGAAGUUGUGGAGGAAGCAUUCACUCAGAAAAAGCAGUGGCUCAGUGAAUGCUCCAGUACUCUCGAACGAUUAGAGGAAUUUGCCAAAACGACCUCUAAAAAGCUUGGGAAAGAUUUAAAAACUAUUGAAAUAAGUGAGAAAAAACAGCUAAAAAAAGCAAAGCACUUGUUCUCAGAAGUACUGAAAAAGCGUGAUCUCCAGGGAACGUUUGGCUUGGAUAAUAACAAUAAAAUUCUCAAAAUGCACGUUGUGCGGGGGAAAGAGAAAGGAACGGAGAGGAAAGGAGAAAUAUCGUCACUCUCUGGAGGGGAGAAAUCCUUUGCCACGAUUGCUUUCAUCAUAGCUGUGUGGGAAUCAAUGACUGUUCCUUUUUUCGUUAUGGACGAAUUCGAUGUUUUUACUGACGUGAUUACCAGGAAUACUAUCUUGAAAAUGCUGCUCGAAUACGCUUCGCAAAGCUCAGCUCAAUUCAUCUUCCUUACGCCACAUGACCUGAGCCGCAUUGAAACAAGUCGGUCGGACGUUUCAGUGCACAGGAUCAGCAGCCCGAGGGCCUGAGUAUCGAUGACCUACAAUUUUAGCUUAAGUGACUGAGAUGACUAGAUAGAUCUUUGUAAGACAAAUCGAUUGAUGUAAAAGUAUAACUCCAAACCUAAAAAUUUAUCACCCACUGCCUUUUUGCUAAGGAGGGCAGUAUAUUGUACAAUAUUGUGAUAUACAUGUACUAUAUUAGGCUACAUGAGAACUCGGAACUCAGAACUAGAUCUUGUUAAGACGAAUACAUUGAUGAAUAAGUACAACUCCAACCUUAAACAUUUAUCACUUGCUGCCUUUUUGCUAAGAAGGACAGUAUAUUGUACAAUAUUGUAAUAUACAUGUACAAUAUUAGACUACAUAAGAACUCUGAACUCAGAACUAGAUCUUGUUAAGAGGAAUAGAUUGAUGAAUUGUUUUAAUGAACUGUUUUCAUGUUUUUGACAAUAAAUUAUUUAUUUAAUUAGUAUAACUCCAACCUUAAA